GCUCCCUUAAUAUGGAUGCUGAAGGACCUUCGUCUACUACAAAUAGAUGUGGUCGAGCCAACACGAAUAACAACUUCUACAGUGCUGUAACGUCGACUACCACCAGCAGCACAAUGAUCAACGUGUUGCCUCAAAUUGGCCGCAACAAACAUAGAGGAGCAAAGGGGGACGGAGAGUUUGCCAAAGGACGAGGGUCCACGACAAAAAGUCCAAGUACAGUUAGCUGUCCUUCGACAGGCAGCCCUUUUUCGACGCAGCAAGAGUCACCAGGGCUGUCCUCGUCUCUCGCCUGUGGCCACACAACUGCCAACGACCCGACCCUGAGUUACUCAACUAGCAGCGUUGCCUCCUCCGAAGACGAUGCUGCUCUCGAGGAUCACCCACAGCUGGACUUUAUGAGGGCUCAAAAAAGUUGA